UCAUGCACGCUCGCUCGUGGCAAGUCGUUGCACUUGUGUGUGGAAUUUUGGUCCCGGCCAGCACCCUCCGCCCCAACCAGUCAUGCUACCGACAGAACCGCAACAUUUUCAGCCGAACUACAAGGAAACGUAAUCAUAAAGUCGCCGAUUUUACUCAACAUAUCAUAGGGAACGCUUCUUCAUCUGGACACAUCUGGUAGCUGCAUUUCCGCUUGUGGCGGUGUACGCAUGGGAGUGAUCCGGCAAAACCGAAGGCAAAAGGUCUUUUCCCAUUAGUGGCAGCCCAGGAGGCAGGAGCCAUGAGUGAGGGGGAGGGUCUCUUCCACAGCGUGCAGGUGGGUGACUCCACCUUCACUGUACUGACCCGCUACCAGCAGCUCCGCGCCAUUGGGUCUGGUGCCCAGGGCAUCGUCUGCUCAGCCAUGGACAGUGUCCUGGGAAUCCCUGUGGCGGUGAAGAAAUUGAGCCGGCCCUUCCAGAACCAGACCCAUGCCAAGCGGGCUUACAGGGAGUUGGUGCUGCUCAAGUGUGUCAACCACAAAAAUAUUAUUAGACUCCUGAAUGUUUUCACACCACAGAAGUCACUGGAGGAGUUCCAGGAUCUGUACCUGGUGAUGGAGCUGAUGGAUGCCAGCCUGUGCCAGGUGAUCCACAUGGACCUGGACCACGAGAGGAUGUCCUACCUGCUCUACCAGAUCCUCUGUGGUAUCAGACACCUACACUCCGCAGGGAUCAUCCACAGGGACCUGAAGCCCAGUAACAUAGUGGUGAAGUCUGACUGCACUCUUAAGAUCCUGGACUUUGGGCUGGCCAGGACGGCCUGCACUAACUUCAUGAUGACCCCCUAUGUGGUGACUAGGUACUAUAGAGCACCAGAGGUCAUCCUUGGCAUGAAGUACAAAGAGAACGUGGACAUCUGGUCAGUGGGAUGCAUCAUGGGAGAGAUGGUAAAGGGCAGCGUUAUAUUCCAGGGCACAGAUCACAUCGACCAAUGGAACAAGGUUAUUGAAGUUCUGGGAACGCCCCCCAUGGAGUUUAUGAACAGGCUGAUGGAAACCGUGCGGAACUAUGUGAUGAACAAGCCUCAGUACCCUGGGGUCAGCUUCUCUGAACUCUUCCCUGAUUGGGCCUUCCCUGCAGAGACAGAGCAGGAUAAAGUCAAGACUGGUCAAGCGCGGGACCUGCUGUCCAGGAUGCUAGUGAUCGACCCAGAGAGCCGCAUCUCAGUGGAGGACGCCCUGAAACACCCAUACAUCCACGUGUGGUAUGACCCAGGAGAGGCUGACGCGCCACCACCACAGAUAUCCGACAAACAGCUGGAAGAGAGGGAACACAGCAUUGAACAGUGGAAAGAGCUUAUCUAUGACGAAUUGAUGGACUGGGAGGAAAGGAACCAGAAUGGAGUGACAAAAGAGGACUGCCUAGAUGGCGUAGGGAACAGCAGUGGCUCAGCUUCUCAGUCAUCCUCUAUGAGUGACUUCUCCUCCAUGUCCACAGAGCACACCCUGGCCUCUGACACAGACAGCAGCGGCGUGGACACUCUGACGGGGGCCCUUGAGGACUAACCGUGGGCCUCCGCCCUGACCUCUCAGCUUCUAUCAAUCACUGACCCCACCAUCUCUAGCCAUUAUAAUUGACGGUAUCUCCAUGGAGGGAGGACGCAAUUUAGUAGGGGGUAGUUUGUUUUUUUAUGUAGUUCUAAUUACUUUAUUCUGUCUAUUUUUACUGUGGUAGAUGGUUGAUCAUACAACCAGUUUACAUUUUUGUAAAUGGCAAAGGAUUCACUUUAAGUUUUGAGUUCUCUCUCAAUCUCUUUCGCCCAUUUCCUAUCUUUUUAAAAUAGUACACUUCACACUGUAUCAUGGAUCAAAUAAGUAACACAAUUCUACAGUAGAUGUUUUGUCCAGGUCAAGAGCACAUACUGUUCCAACGUGCAGUUUGACCAGCUACUUCAUCAAACAGUAUAACCUACUAUAUGCAUUAAACCAGUGCCAGGCUAAAAUGUCAUAUGCCCAUCUUGUCAGAAGGAAUAUCCAAUGACUAACAGAAGACUGCAUGUCACCAAAAAAAGAUAUACUUGACUUCACACAGAAAGAGCGAUAAUUCAAGAUCUUCGUGUUUUUUUUCCAUCCAGGCAGCAGUAGUCUGUGCUUUUUAAGAAACAGUCCCUCUGGCUCUGGACUAGGUAGUUCCAAAGGAGAUCCAUUUUAGGCAUGUUCUAUGUGUUUAUGUACAUAAGAAUCCAUACUGUAUAUUGUGUGUUUCAAUGGAUUUGAUUGUUGUGCUGCUCAGCCUCGAUUUUACAGCUGCUCCAAAUAUGCAGAGAGGCAUACAAACUGUAUAAAGGACAUAUGUGUUUAUUUUGGAACAAACUAUUGUUGAAAUGGACUUGGGGAAAAUUAAAGAAAAACAUUUGAUGUUGAUAGUUGUAUUAUAACAAUGAUUAAACUGAAGGGAGAAACACCCACGGGUACAUUGCACUUCUUGUAAUGUUAUUUUCUUCUCAUUCCAAGAAUAACAGUGAUAAAAAGAGGAAUACAA